UAAAUGGCGUCAAAUGUUUUAGAGUCUUCAUCAUGUCAUUUCUGGCCUCAUAUAUAUUUUUGUGGCCUUAUGUAUAUCUCUCAUACAUAUAUAAAUACAUACAUACAUACAUACAUACAUACAUAUAUUCAUACAUGAACUGGUCGACCUCAUCAUUCAUCUAAAAACCCCCUCACACACCCUAACCCUUCUCUUCUCUUCUCUCUCUCUCUAUGGACGAGACAAAUGGUCGAAGAGAGACUCACGACUUCAUGAACGUGAACGUGGAAUCCUUCUCCCAGCUUCCAUUCAUCCGCCCAGCUCCGUCCAAAGAAAAACCCGCAAUUCGGCUCUUCGGAAAAGAUUUUGGAGCCGGUGAUUUCCAAGAAGAUUCCGAUGAUUCUUCCGACAACAACAACAGCGGGAAGAACAACAACGAGAAUCACAGCGUCAAAGACAACAACAGCAGAAACAGCAACAGCGGUGGCAGCAGCAGGAGAUUCGUGUGUCACUACUGCUUCAGGAACUUCCCGACUUCUCAAGCCCUAGGCGGUCACCAAAACGCUCACAAACGCGAACGCCAAAACGCCAAACGCAGCGGAGCCUACCUCAAUCAUCAUCAGCAUCAGCCAGACGCAACGCAUUAUUACGGCUUCCACCACCCCCACAACUACUACAGCUACCCCCACCAUUACCGAAGCCACUUCGGUCCGGCUUUUAGGUCCUACGGAGGUCAAACUUCUUCGUCCUACGCUCUGGCUGGUUCCACUACGAUCAAUGGGAGUUCACUGGGGCAAUGGCGUGUACCGCCGUCUUCAAACGCGGGUCACAGUGUUUACUCCGCCACAACCGCGCUUGGUUCUCCUGACCCAGCGGCGUCCAAUCGUACAUCGUUGCCGUCGUUGGCUACAGAUCACGAGGCGGUUCCUUGGCCGUAUUGGUACAGCUUGAAGCGGAACGUGCAAGACCACGUGAGUCUCGAUCUGCGUCUCUAACUUGCGCUUAGAGAAUUUAAUUACGAAAGCUGAGAUUUAUAUAAGGGAUUCCACUAUGUUCAUGGAACUAUAUAUGAGUAUUGGAGGAAUAACAUAAAUUCUCAGACACACGUGUGAGAGCUGUGAACAAUCAUGGAAUUCUUCUGUUCAUGUCUGAAUAUAUAUAUUUGUGUGGGGG